UCCUGAAAAUAAGAGCUUUUGUUUCCUGCCCACUCUGAACACUCUGUUUCAAACCAUCGAGGCACUCUUGUCUUCUUCAAUCCUCUGCCGCUCACGAAGCAAGCCAUGCCCAUCGCAGAGCUCUUCCUUGGCGCCCUUCUUCCCGUGCUGUUCGAGAGGUUGGCCUCUCGUGAGCUGCUCAACUUUGCGCAACGUGAGGGGAUCGAUAAGCUGCUGAAGAAAUGGGAGAAGAUGCUUAUUAGUAUGAACGAGGUGCUGGAUGAUGCAGAGGAUAGGCAACUUACCGGCGAUCUCGGGGUGAAGUCGUGGCUUGAAGAUCUAAGGAACUUGGCCUAUGACAUCGAAGACUUGCUCGAUGAGUUCGCCACAGAAUCUGCUGAAAACAAGUCCAAGACGGAACCAGGCCCUAGCAAGGUGCGUUCCUUUCUUCCGAGUUGUUGCUUCAGAUUGAGCUCGAGAGCACUUAUGUUCGACCACAAAAUAAGAUCCCAGAUAGAGAAGAUGGAUGGCAGAUUACAGGAGAUCACAGCUCGUAAAGAUGGCUUGAGCCUAAAAGUGAAUAACGGGAAGCGAUCAGCUUAUCACCAACAAGAUAAGAAGCAUGCCACCACAAAUUUGCCCGAGCGUUGUUUUGUUAGUAGGGAGGUUGAAAAGAAGGAGAUACUCGAAUUACUAAUCAAAGAAGAAGAUGAUAGAACAUGUGUGGAUCUAAAAGUGAUUCCCUUAGUAGGUAUGGGGGGUGUUGGGAAGACGGCUCUGGCUCAGCAAGUCUAUAAUGAUACUAGAGUCAUUGACUAUUUCGAUGUUAGAGCAUGGGCUUGCGUUUCUGAUGAUUUCGACGUACUUGCUAUUACAAAGAAGAUCCUUGAGACGACAACCAAUGGCUAUUUAUCCUGUGAAGGUAAGGACUUGGAUUGGCUUCAUGAUAAGCUCAAGGAACACCUUGCGGGGAAGAAGUUUCUUGUCGUUUUAGACGAUGUUUGGAACGAGAAUUAUGGAAACUGGACUAUCCUCUUGAAGCCUUUUCAAUCGGGAGCGAAGGGAAGCAAGAUCAUCGUUACGACUCGUAAUUUUCGCGUUGCUGAAAUAGCCCGUGCUCGGCCCUAUACUCUCAAAGAGUUGUCACGAGAUGCUUGUGUGACUCUGUUCGCAUUUCAUGCUCUUGGGGUCGGAAAUUUCAAUCGUCAUCCCAAUCUUGAAGAAUUAGGUCUAAAAAUAGUGGAAAAAUGCCAAGGGUUGCCAUUAGCCGUGAAGACUUUGGCCGGACUGCUAAGCUUUAAAGUCAGUCCCCAUGAAUGGGAAGCUAUAUUGAACAGCAAAAUUUGGGACCUACCAGAAGAAAGUAACGACAUCCUUCCGGCUUUGAAACUUAGCUACCUCCAUCUCCCUUCCUAUUUGAGGAGAUGUUUCGCUUACUGUGCUAUAUUUCCCCAAGACUAUGAAAUCGAACGGGAUGAGUUGAUUCACUGGUGGAUUGCAGAGGGCUUGUUGGAGGGAAAAGAAAGAAAGGACCAUUGGAAUGCAGGUUUGAAAUAUUUCAACGAGUUAGUGUCUAGAUCGUUAUUUCAAAAUUCGAGUAGCAGUGAAUUACGAUUCUUGAUGCAUGAUCUUGUGAAUGACCUGGCAAAGCUAGUGGCGGGUGCAACCCAUUUUAGCUCAGGGGAGCUUGAGUUUGAGCAUGAUAAAAAAAAUGCAUCUUUAGCUCGUCACGCCUCAUUCAUUUCCAGUAUUCACAUUGUACCGGAAAGAUUCAAGAUAUAUCAUCAAAUGAAGGGACUUAGGAGCUUCAUAUCAUUAAGGAAGCAAUCUAGCCCUUAUUCCUUUUUGUCCCAGAAAGUGAUAUGUGACUUUUUGCAAGAAUUGAAAUACUUGAGAUUGCUUUCAUUAAGUCACUACUACAUCAUAGAGGUACCGGAUUGCAUUGGCAAACUGAGGCACCUAAGGCAUCUUAAUCUGUCGUAUACUAAUAUCGAAGCGCUUCCAAAGUCAAUUGUUGCACUGUACAACCUAGAGGUUUUGAUGCUGCGGGGCUGUGACAAGCUUAUCAAAUUACCCGAAGAUAUGGAGAAAAUGAUCAAUCUGAGAUAUCUCGAUAUUACCGACACUCGGAGCCUAAGAGGGAUGCCAUUGAAUAUAGGUAAUUUGGUGGGUCUUGAGAUGUUGUCGAAGUUUAUAGUGGGAACGGAAAAUGGCUCAAGAUUGAAGGAGUUAAAAAAUCUGGAGAACCUUAGAGGGGAAUUAUGCAUCUCUGAUUUGCAUAUGGUUCGAGAAGCCAGAGAUGCCACGGAUGCCAAUUUAUACACGAAGAAGGGAAUAUGCUGGUUAACCAUGCAAUGGUGUCAAGAUUUUGAGAAUUUCCGGGAUGAAGAGCUUGAAGCAAAGGUCCUUGACUUACUUUGCCCUCACCAAAACCUUCAAAUUCUCAAAAUAUUUUUUUAUGGUGGCCUAGAAUUCCCAUCAUGGUUAGGAAGUCCCCCACAUGUUAACAUAGUGCAUUUACGUUUACACGAGUGUCGUAAGGCCAAAACAUUACCAUCACUCGGGCAACUAUCUUCGCUGAAAGAACUGUACAUCGAAGGUCUAAAUGCAAUAUGCAAGGUUGGAUCUGAAUUUUAUGGAACUAGAAGUCCUUUUAUGUCCUUAAUAACUCUGGAAUUCAAGGACAUGCCAUUAUGGGAGGACUGGUCUCAUUGGGUCGGCACUGAAGAAGUAGGAGUUUUGUUCCCUCGUCUUGAGCAUCUCGUCAUACAAGAUUGCCCUAUGUUGAUCGGAAGAUUGCCUAGUCAACUAAGCUCCCUCAUAGAGCUUGAAAUCAACUCCUGUCCUCGUAUGGAUGCCUCGCCCUCUAUCACGAGCAUUCCAUCUCUUGAGAAAUUAAAGUUUGUAGGUUGUAAUGAGGGGGUGCUGAAGAGUUUGGUGAACUUGACAUCUCUGACCGCUCUUGUUAUAGAAGAUGUUGCUAACCUAACUUGCUUAAGUCAUGGGUUUACAAGCUCCUUGAUCAAACUGGAGGAGUUGGAGAUGAGAAGUUGUGAAAAGCUAUUGUACUUGUGGCAAGACAUAGAUGUAAUUGGGAAUCUCGCUUGCCUGAAGAGGUUAGUCGUCCAAAAUUGUUCGGAAUUCAUAUAUUUUGGGGCUGGAGAAGGAGAUAUAGAGCUGCCCAUCAACCUCGAGACUAUUGAAUUGACAGAUUGCAUCAAUUUAGAGAAGCUCCCAUGCAAAAUGCAUACCCUCUCCUCUCUUAUAAACUUGAUGGUUAAAAACUGUCCAAAACUCGUGUCCUUUCCUGAAACAGGUAUACCGACAUCGGUGAUGUCAUUAUAUGUCAGUCGUUGCAAUUUGUUGCAAUCUUUACCUAGAGGAUUAAGUAUUCGUCCGGAUGAACCAAGCAGUGGCAACAGCAGCAAUAGCAAUAACCGCAUUGACAUGACGUCUUGUCUGCAAGAGUUAACAAUUGACGGAUGCAAUUCUCUGCCAGCCUCUCUAUUCAAUGAAGGUAGAUUUUUACCUGCGACCCUCAAGACACUUAAGAUUUCUUCCUGCAAGGGAGUGGAGUCGCUCGCGGAGAUAAAUGUAUACCAUCUUCAGUCGCUUCGAGAGAUUGGAAUUUGGAGUUGCGAGAAUUUGAGAAGUUUACCUCCGUGCCUGCGCGCACUAUCCCUUCUCACUUCCUUGGCAUUGGUCAACUGUCCUGCGCUGGAGCUAGAGUGCUUCCCUCCUCUUCCUCUCAGCAUCUCGAGAUUUUCUCUUUAUAAUUGUCCGAAGAUAAAAUCGUUACCUAAUCAGUUGUAUCAACUUCCAUGUCUCCGCGAAUUUGAAAUUUCAGAGUGUGAGAGUAUUACGCGCUUCCCCCAUGGAGGAUUGCCGCCCCAGCUACAGGAACUUACGGUAUGGGAAUGCGGGAAUAUGAAGCAGCCGAUGAGGGAGUGGCUUACCCCCCUCACCUCCCUUCAAUUUCUCUGGAUAGGAGGCAGUGCUGGAGGAGUGGGAGAGGAGAAGGAUCUUCGGCUUCCGCUCCCUUCCUCUCUGCUCACGCUCUAUAUCUAUGAUAUGGGGAAGGUGAAAAGACUGUCCAGCAGUCUCCCUCCCUCUCUCAAGACCUUGUCGAUCUUUCAAUGCCCGAAGCUGAGGGAGUUGCCCCAGGAUGGCCUCCCUCCCUCCCUAGAACAUCUCUCGAUCGAAAGAUGUGGGAUUCUGGAGGAGCGAUGCAAGAAAGGGACCGGCCGCUAUUGGCCCCUCAUCCGCGAAAUCCCGCUGGUCACAUUGGUCGGUGACCCGUUCCGGUCAAUUACUUAAAAGGAGGAUUCGGACUCGAAUAUUAUUAUAUGCGCGGGAA